CGGACUUGGAAUUUUCAAAGCUUUCGGUCAUACAAUAGAGGGAAUAAAUUUCCUAUAAAUUGAGGAACUCUUGAUAGGCAAUGAAAACUGCAGAUAAAAGAAAAAAAAUAUGGAGAAAAUGAGGGUAUGCAUAGUGGUGUUAGCAUGCUUGGUGGUAUCGGCGGCAGCCCAAAGUGGUACGAACGUGAGAGCUAGUUAUCAUGAGUAUAAUCCACAGAAUAUAAACUGGGACUUGAAUGCUGCAAGUGUUUACUGCGCCACAUGGGAUGCCAAUAGGCCUUUGGAAUGGCGUCGCAGAUAUGGUUGGACUGCCUUUUGUGCACCAGGUGGUCCUCAAGGUCAAGCUGCUUGUGGCCGAUGCUUAAGAGUGACCAACACCGGCACCGGAAAUCAAGCAACAGUGAGAAUCGUGGAUCAAUGCCAAAACAAUGGGCUAGAUUUGGAUGUUAAUGUGUUUAGACAACUUGAUUCUAAUGGGGUUGGCAGUGCUAAUGGUUACCUCACCGUCAACUAUGAAUUCGUCAACUGUGGUGAUUAAUUGAGUUCCACCGUUAAUAUCCUCUUUACUAAAUGCUAUCACUUAAUAAAUUUAUUAGCAGUUGCUGCUGCUAGCUACUUUUUAACUUAAUUUCUUAAGCAUUUCGUGCCAUAUUGAUACCAACUUAUUAAUUGUUAAAAAUAAUCUCAUGAAUAUGAGGUUUUGCAAUACAUUUAACUUUGUUAAUUUCUGAUCUUCAAUAUUUGGUCUAUUGAUUAAAGAUGUUCAUUAUAUUUUUAAAA